AUGUGCGACACGCAUCUAACUGUAUCUAUCUGUGGUCCGAUGCAGUCGUGUGCAAAGAUGCUGACAUGUACUUGCAAUUCCUUGCAACCCCUUUGCCGGCUCGAGCUUUUGCUUCACGGUUCCGCUCUCCUGGGCUCCUCACAGAACAUGGACGCUGUUUACGCCAGGACCGCGAGCCAGGAGUUGGCGAACGCGAUCAGCGAAGACCUCGCGGGGCACACGACUCAGGGUGCCCAUGGCCUAAACUACCACCACAAGAGUCCGGGGGACGAAGGUACGACCUUCUUCAUGCCCAGCAAGUCCCUGCUCGGCGAGGGGGCGUUGCGUGGCGCAGUGCAGCAGAUCAAGGCGCUCGGGCACAAGAAGGCCUUGAUUGUUACCGAUGCGGUGCUGGUCAAGGUGGGCGCUGUCAAGGCGGCGACGGACGUGCUCACAGAGGCUGGCAUCGCCUUCGCGAUCUACGAUGGCUGCCAGCCAAAUCCAACAGUCAGUCAGGUGGAAGAUGGUCUGAAGCUGGUCAAGCAGGAAAACUGUGAUUUCGUUCUCUCGUUCGGAGGUGGUUCUCCACAUGACUGUGCAAAGGCCAUUGCCAUAACAGCCACGAAUGGAGGGGACAUUCGGGCCAUGGAGGGUGUUGACAAGAGCACCAAGCCGAUGUUAACCAUGGUCGCUGUGAACACUACCGCAGGCACCGGAGCAGAAAUGACGCGCUUCUGCAUCAUCACCGAUGAAGUGCGGCAUGUGAAAAUGGCAAUUGUGGACUGGCGGGUUACGCCCACCUUGGCGGUCAACGACCCGAAAACCAUGAUUGGCAUGCCCAAGUCCUUGACUGCUGCUACGGGAAUGGAUGCCCUCACACAUGCCAUCGAGGCCUACGUCAGCACCAUAUCGAACCCGGUGACUGAUGCAUGCGCCCUGCAUGCCAUGAAGCUCAUCAGCGCAUACCUGCCCGCUGCAGUGGAGGAUGGUAAGGACUUGAAGGCCCGUGACAUGAUGGCGUAUGCAGAGUUCCUUGCCGGCAUGGCCUUCAAUUCAGCAAGCUUGGGCUACGUGCAUGCAAUGGCACACCAGCUAGGUGGCAUGUACAACCUGCCGCACGGGGUCUGCAAUGCCAUUCUGCUUGGACCCGUGCAGGAGUACAAUGCCAAGUACGUCCCACACCUCUUCAUUGACAUCGCCGGAGCCCUAGGCUUCUCGGUCGGAGAAGACAAGGAUCUGGCGGUCAAGAAGGUCUUGAAGGCCAUCAAGGACCUGAAGAACAGGGUCGGCAUCCCCAAGAAUCUCAAGGCCUUCAAGGAGGUGAAGGUUGAGCACUUCCCCGCCUUGGCGGACAACGCCAUGAAAGAUGCCUGUGGCCUUACGAACCCACAUCAGCCCACGAAGGACGAGGUCAUCGCCCUGUUUCAAGCUGCAUACGACCAAGAGGACGACGAGGCCGAUGAGUUGGAGAUGCUUCAGAAGCAGCUCUCAGCAGCGGCAGCGCGCUGCAAGGACGUGGCUGCUCUCAAGAAGGCCAUGUGCGAGCUUUACACAAAAUAG